AUGAAUUCCAAUCGAGACUUGACCGUCUUCAGAAGCGCAAAUCCAAUUGCGCUUCCGCCCGAGGUUUGGUACCUCAUCUUCGAACAGAUAUGGCUAGAAGCUCAUAUCGACCCUGAAACAAAGCUGCCGCAAGACUGGCCAGAGCAGAGCGUGGCUCAUUGGUUUGGCAGCUUGCGCUCCCUAUCUCGUAACUUUGACUGGGCUAUUACCCCUUUCGUCUUCGAGGACACGCACCUAUCUAGCCCGGAAGCCAUGCAGGAGAUGGAGCACAAGGGUACAACCACGACUCAAAGAAGCAUUCAAUGGGGCAAAUUCAAAGAAAAGAUUUAUCGACAUGUCAAGUACCUGAUAGUCCCAACGACUGCCAACACCACAAUGAUUGACGCUAUUGCCAAGAUUAUAUCGAAGUCUCACAAGUUAUUGCAAGUCAAACUAAUCAAUGGAAGCUUGACUAAAUCGCAGGUCAGCGCCGAUGACUUCCAUCCCGCUCUUGCGGCUUACCUAGGAGCAUUUCUCAGGAAUGACAUGUACUUCAGAAUCAUAAACCACAAUUCUGGAUUACUGUUUAGCAAACCCGAAGUUCGGCCAGUAAACGUUGAGGGUGUUGAAGAUCUUUAUGCGGCUACAAGCAGCCAGUCACUGGAAUCCGAGUCCCAACCUUACCCAUCUCCGCGGUUGGAAUCAUUAAUAGUCAGAGACCUUCGCACUAAGUCCCAGACCUUCGACUUCUACACUAGCGAGGCAUUCAACUUCCACUUCCCACCUAUGCGGCAGCUCGGCCUGAUGAGUUAUAUUGUGACGAAUCCAGCCGACGAGUACGCUCUACGUUGGGAUUUCUCGCGUUUAGAUUAUUUGUUCCUUGGCAAGAUGGACUGGGUAUCCUUCCUCACUAUGGUCCAUCCGCAAAGCCUCUCUGUUUUACGCCAACUCAUACUUAAGCAUCAUAUCAGGAAUCAUAACCUCGAACAUCCGCAAGAUGGAAUGACGCACCUCUUUCAACGCCUUAAUCAAUUAGAGACCUUAAAGGUGUGGGAUCGAAGGUGGCAUAAAGUUGUCCCUCCAGCUUUGAUAACCCAGAUUGGGAGCUCGCUACGAUUUCUUGUCCUCACCGGCAUAUUCAACACAUCUGAGUACGUAUCCAUGUCUGUAAUGGAUCUCGAAUCGAUUCGAAUAGAAUGCCCCAGGAUUAGCGUUCUUGGCAUAGAUUGGACAAAUAUUCCUUCUGAACGUCAACAAUUUCUUGACACUCUAGCCUCCUUUUCUGAGGUGAACACCUAUACAUUAUAUUGUAUAGAGAGUAUCCAAGUUGAAGGUACUCCCCUAGACAGUACAGAUCCUGACUACGACUCAGCGUGGAUCUUGAUUGAUUAUCUUUUGAAGAACAACCGAGGCAAGACUAUAUGUUAUAGUAUCGUCAAAUUACAUCACUCCGUGCCACCGCCAAAUUGGCACUUGAUGGACGAACAACGAGGAACUGAAAACCCUCCUAAUCUGAAACUCAGAGAAUUCUACUGCACAGACGGAUCCGGGAUUGAACGCUUGGGAGAUGUUAGGGUUGGAGAUGUCCCAGUCGUAGCUAAGGUCCAGGAGUUGGAAGAGGGCAUAGAGAUUGACUUGAGCCGAACAAACUCGGAGGACGUACUUGAAAACGAAAUACAAUGAACGUUGAAUGAGAUCAGG